UUCUUCGUCACCUCUCUCUCUCUCUCUCUCUCUCUCUCUCUCAUGUGAUCAGUUGCUUAAUCUUUCUUCUUCCCUUCAUUUUGUGCUUUUUCUCUCCGUUUUCUCAGAUCCCAAACAGCAUAUCUUUGAAGUCACGACCUUAUUCUUGGCUUGGAUUCUCUGAUUUGCAGUGCUACGGGGAGUACGAGUGGUUUUUUUGCUUUCCGGAGGGCCAUGUGAGCUGUUUGAACUGGACCAUUGUGAUUGGUUUGCAGCUUCCAUAGGGUUGUUGGCUUUCUUGGUGUGCUCUAGAUGGGUAAAUGCAAGGGUUGUGGGAAAUUAGGACGAAUCCUACCAAGGGAUGGACCUGUGAGUGCCUACAGUUUUGCUCUUCUGUGUUCCCCUUUUGUUUCUGUUUGGGAUUGUGUUGUUCGUAGGAUGAGAUACUCCUCCUACAAACCUGAGUGGGUGUAGUCUUGGUGUUAUAACAGUAUACUAGUUCUCAAAACAAAAUUAGAAAUAUUUAGUGUUAAAGUUAAAUUAACUUAAAGGAAAAGGGAAGAAAAGAAAGCUAUAUAGGGAAAUGUAUACUUUUUAGAAAAAGUCACUGUUUCAAGCAAAAAUUUGAGCAGAGGAGUUUUUGUUUAGGCCUGCUUAGUUUUCAUGGAUCACAAGGCAUGUAAUAAAGUGCAACCAGUUGUGAGAAAACCAAAAAAGAAACAGGUAAAGGAUGAAUUGGAUCGCAUCAAACAGGCAGAGAAGAAAAAGAGGCGCUUGGAGAAAGCCCUGGCUACUUCUGCUGCCAUUCGUUCUGAAUUAGAAAAGAAGAAACAGAAAAAGAAGGAAGAACAGCAAAGGCUUGAUGAGGAGGGUGCUGCAAUUGCUGAGGCUGUUGCUCUGCAUGUUCUGCUUGGUGAAGACUCGGAUGGCUCAUGUAAGAUUGUGCUAAACAAGGAAGAGGAUUUCAACCACUGGGAAUGUGCUCAUAAUAUUGACCUAUUUAUGGGUGGGGGGAGAGCAUACCAUUCCCAUCAGGCUCCCACAAACUGCACAAGGUGGGUGUCUAAUACAUAUGCACCCGGGAGCAAGUGGGCUGACAUGGGAAACAAUGACUGGUCCUUUGCCUAUGGACCUUAUGGAAGGGAUCUACUACAUGCGCCAUAUUAUGAUGAUGGAGCUUGGGAUACUGCAGGACUUUCAGCUGGUGUAUUUGCAGCACAGGCUGUUUCAGCACUCCAGAUUACAGAUGAUGCUGAAGUAGACACAGUGGUUCUCAAUGGCAUGUUGAGAGGCUAGACAAGUGGUUCAGUUUUAUUGUGUUGUGCUUGGUGGUGUAUUUGUCAUAUUUCUAAAUAAUGCCACUGUAUAUAUUUGUCAUGAAUUUGUCGCUCAUGGCCCAUCAGAUUCUCCUGUUGUUUAUUUAGGAGGGAACAAUGUUACACUAUCUCAUUCAUGCUCUCUUUUUAAUCUUUUCAUUGUAAUGGCCUCUUUCUGGAAAGGCUCUUUUUCAUUUUUUAUUUCUGGGUUUCUUCCAAAUGUGAAGGAUUUUGAUGAUAUUGCUGAGGAAUUCUGUCU